AUGACCACGGUGGCGCAGCAACCGUUGAAUAGGCCAUCUUUCGAGCCUUCUGACCGUAUCCCAAUUGCCCAGCUAUCUCCAUGUCCGACGGCAUCUUCUUCCUCCUACAUUCUAGCCAACAUCGCUCUAGUCUGGCCCUAUUCAAGCUCUACAGACACCCUUGCGCUGCUAUUGGCAGACACCGACAUUCGCCUCCGAAAAUUCAAAGGCCAAGUCAAAGUUGUCUUUCGAGGCGGAUGCGCAAGAGAAGUCGCAAAGUCACACAUCGGUAUUGGAGAUUUGGUCAAGCUGGCCCUGACUGGAUGUGAAUGGAAAGAGACGGGCGACGCUGUUUCAACGCCCGGAAAGAAGAUUGAUUGGGAUCUGGAAUAUCGGGCCCGGCUUGUUCUUCAACUAUUGCGAGACGACAAAGUGACCUUUACGAUAGACUACACCAGAAAUGAGCCUGAUUCGUCUGCUCUGAAUGGGCUUACUACUCUUCGAGGCGGCAGACAAGAUGCUUUGCCACCGUUGAAUGGUGUGGUGCACCCCAAGGCGAAUACCAUCCUGGUCCCCUAUUUAACACCCGUGAAAUCGGCGGGAAAUUCCUUUGGCGGUACUUUUAUUGAUGCUUCUCUGGAUCUGCUCGCUCAGGAUGAUGGCUAUGUUGUCGGUCGAGGUCGCAAACGUACCAAGUUUGCCAGACAUAGUGGAGCAUGGAGUCUGGUCGAUUCAGACGAGGAAGGACUGGAAGAGAUUUCGACAGUGGUGGAGAAUGGAGAAUCCACACAGCAGAGCCCUGCUCGGAGCUGUCAAGAGAUAGAUCUCUCUUCGAUCCGAGGGCACCACGCUACGGGCGGCGAACAAGAGGAAGACCUCGAUAAAAAUUCGUGGGCACAGGCUAUCACCGCACCUCCUAUUGUGAACCUGGCCAAAGAACAAACCACCGAAGCUUCACAUCCCGAUUCGAUUUCUGAGACGAUACAAGAAAGUGCGGCGCUUCCGCCAGUGAUCAUGGGACCUCCUCAAACACCCCUUAGGACCAAUCGACUGCAAAUUUCUCCCGAUAUUGGUACUCAUGAUCUGAGCAAGGAAGACUCGGAAGCUGCAACAACACCUCGACUCUUGCCGCUUACGUCUCCGGGGCUUCCUCUGGUCUCACCAUUAAUUUGUCGCUCUGACGUUGAAGUCGGAUACUUUCCACAGUUUGAAAAGAAUAUCUCCCAAUUGGACGCCUCGGGAGAGAAGCAAGUUGAGAUCGCUGUUCAAGGUGUAGCAAAAGAGCCAACACUGGAUGAUGGAGGUUCAGUCAAUUCUGAUGAGCCUCGUGUGGUCUCGGAGGAGACGUCGACUCAGCGACAAGAAGUGAUCGCUGUGCAUGAAAACCUUCAAGAUACUGAUGAGCCAGAUAUCGCUCAGCCAGCUCAAUCACCAGCGCCAGUCAGUUCAAGCUUUGAGAGGUCGAUUCGUAGUCAGCUGUCCAACAGCAUUCUUCCCGAACAAUGGUUCCCUUCCAGGGAGGCAACGAUCUCUCAGGAAUGGUCAAGGACUCAGAAGGAUCCUUCUCUCCACACCGUGGUUCACAAAGCGGCUCAGAUCGUUGAAGUCGAAGAUGAUGAUCUCUAUGGGGCCCCAGAGGAUACGGCGAAGGGCAAUGAUGUGCCGACAACAUCAACCUCAUUGGAACAACCGAGAAGCCCGCUUGACGUUCUAGAACGAUUCCUUCAGAUGUCUCCAGUGGCAACUGUUGGCCGUUCUUUUGGUUCGGAAACUCUGGUUGCAAGCAGCCCUCGAGCUACCCCCCAUGAUGACCCGAGUGCGAAUUGGCAAGAGCAAGUGACUCUCAGUGCUGUUGAAUGCCGGUCGCCGGACGCCUAUCCUGUUCCGCCAUUGCCAUUCCAACAAAACCGACAUACAACAAAGAGUUCUCGUUCUUCGAGUCGUCGGUCCCCUACCCAUCACUCACAAGUACACUCUUUAGAUGAAAAUGUCGAUGAACGCGAAAGCCUCCCUGAAGAACAAAAUGUCGUGUCUGAACCAACGGACGACGCAGUUGAAGAGGCUGAACGGGUGCAAGCCGAGCCUAAAUUUGCAGUAUAUGAGACCGGCAGACAGAAAAGUCAAGACCUCGAUCCUGUGUCCGACGCUAUCAAUGAGGAGGGUAGUGUUCUUCCUCACGGACAGCGGGCUAUACCUGCGCAUCCACCUCUAUUGGUAGACCACAUCAAUGAACAGGAAGUUCAAACACAACUCCCAACCCCCGAUCAAAGUCAGCGUGAAUAUUACUCUCCGGAACAUAAACUUGACAACGAGCCAAAUAAAAUGAAGCAACAAGCAUCAGCUGGACUCCCCUCUCCUGGUCAUACGCAGGGAGAAACUGCAGAGGGUGUCGCAGAGGAUGUAUCGCAAGCCCAAGUGGCGAAGGAAAUUGAGACUCCCUCGGCCGUCAUCACCAAAACCACACCACAACUUGACGAAGCACCACCACGUCGAACCUCGCAGCGACUUUCAGCGAGAAAAUCCAGCAUUCUAAACAACAUCUCAAGCCCGUACUUCACCUCCCGCAAAUCUGGUCAAGCACUCUCAUCGUCUCCGUCUCGGAAAGAAAACAUCAAUCCUGAAGGAACAGAGCUCAGCAGUCUCCCAUCCUCGCCAGAACAACAGCAUGCCAAAUCAAGACGGACGACCACAUCAGAUCAAGAGGCAGGGGAAGAUGGCAUCCAUCUGUCCGGCGUCGUGCACACUUUGGCUGACAUGGAGGUCACUGAGCCGCUUUUGUCUCGACGGCGUGGCCGCACCACAUCUCUGGCGUAUUACCCUUCUCUUGCCACUCUGCACGAGCAUUUUGGUCAACUGGUAGAUAUUCAGGCUGUAUGCACUGAACAAUCAUCAGAGCCGGAACGUUCCAAGUCCGGACCAAAAGACUAUCACACCACACUACGACUAGCUGAUUCUUCACUUGAUUCGGGGAGAAGCAAAAUCAUAUCUGCGCAAAUAUUCCGACCUGUCAAGGAUGCACUUCCCAUCACGAAGCGCGGCGAUGUUGUCAUUCUCCGAAAUUUCAAAGUCCAAACUGCGAAGCGGAAAUUUAUGCUGCUGAGUGCAGACACGUCUUCCUGGGCGGUGUUCCAGUCCGACGUUAAUGGCCCUAAAUUUUGGUCUGAUGUCAUUGUUUCUGGACCUCCUAUCGAAUAUGGGCCAGAUGAAAUGGCAGGCGCGAACGUGCUUGUCCGCUGGUGGCAAACAAACGGCAAGAAACAGUGUCCAACAUCAAGCCAGGCAAAGGAAAAGUCCAAAGAUGAUUCUGCCGGUGCUGGAACGAAAGUACCUGGCCGCAUUAAAGGUGCUCUUAGAUUUAACAACAAGCCUUUGCCCAGAGAUCGACGGGAAGGAAGCAUGAGGAACAAUUUUGCCAACGAGGGUGAGGAAGACACAGUCACCGACGACGAGGAACAUGAAGAAAAUGCACCAUCGAUCAACGAGACCAAUCAAAGAAGAGAAUCGACCAUUUCAUUGACACCUUCAGCUUCUAAAGAUGCUGGAAGAGAAUUCACACCUCGUCGCAGCACGAUGAAUAGGAGAUCUCCUAGCGUGGUGCAUGAAUUGCGGGAUGGCACAAAAUAUGUGGAUGAUGAGCGACAGAGGAGUAGUAGUGUGAUCCAUGAAUUGAGAGACGGGGUGACUUAUGUGGAUGAAUGA